UGAUGGGGAGAGAGAAUACACAAGCUUCUCUUAUUUAGUUGCAUUAAAAUGAUCAUCUGAAGUACGUCCCGCUGCCCAUGAGAGAAGUCGGGGAUCCGUAUCUAAGGUGAUCCGUUUUCCCUAAAAAUGGAUGCACUUUCCAAGGACUUCCACAGACGAACACGCUGUGACAGUGCUGCAUCACGACCUCAGUUUACAAACUGUCCCACGAUGAUUGUUAUGGUUGGUCUGCCAGCCAGGGGAAAGACCUACAUCUCCAAAAAGUUGACUCGAUACCUGAAUUGGAUUGGAGUCCCAACUCAAGUCUUUAAUUUGGGUCAAUAUCGAAGGGAAGUUGUGCAGACAUACAAGAACUAUGAAUUUUUCCGACCAGACAAUGAAGAGGCCAUGAAAAUCCGCAGAGCCUGUGCCUCAAAUGCUCUUAAGGACAUCGGCAAUUACUUCACUAAGGAGCAGGGACAAGUUGCAGUAUUUGAUGCCACCAACACCACAAGAGAGAGAAGAGGAGUCAUCAUCAGUUUUGCCAAGGAGAAGGGCUAUAAGGUGUUUUUCAUUGAGUCGGUUUGUGACGACCCAGAAAUCAUUGAGGCAAAUAUAAUGCAAGUAAAACUAAGCAGCCCAGAUUAUGAAAACUACGACAAAGAGGAAGCACUGGUGGAUUUUCUGAAGCGUAUUGAUUGUUAUAAAAUGUCCUAUGUUCCCCUGGACGAGGAAAAGGACAGACACCUCUCUUUCAUUAAGAUCUUUAACGUGGGAUCCAGGUACCUCGUCAACCGCGUCCAAGAUCACAUUCAGAGUCGUAUAGUGUAUUACCUCAUGAACAUCCACGUCACACCACGAUCCAUCUAUCUGAGCCGCCAUGGAGAAAGUGAGCUCAACCUGUUGGGACGAAUCGGUGGAGAUACAGGCCUCUCUUCACAAGGCCAAAAGUAUGCUAAGGCCCUUGCAGAUUUCAUCAGGGGUCAGUCCAUCAAGGACCUGAAGGUGUGGACAAGUCACAUGAAGAGGACCAUACAGACUGCAGAGGCACUUGGUGUCCCAUAUGAACAGUGGAAGGCGCUGAAUGAAAUCGACGCGGGUGUAUGUGAAGAGAUGACGUAUGAGGAGAUUCAGGCAACCCAUCCAGAAGAGUUUGCUUUAAGAGACCAGGACAAGUACCGCUACCGAUAUCCAAAGGGUGAAUCAUAUGAGGACCUGGUGCACCGUCUAGAGCCAGUCAUAAUGGAGCUUGAGAGACAAGAGAAUGUGCUGGUCAUCUGCCACCAGGCAGUCAUGCGUUGUCUACUGGCCUACUUUCUUGACAAAAGUGCAGAUGAUCUACCAUAUCUAAAGUGUCCUUUGCAUACUGUUCUCAAACUAACUCCAUUAGCUUAUGGAUGCAAAGUGGAGUCCUUCUAUUUAAACAUCCAAGCAGUGAACACACACAGGGACAGACCCACAAAUGUGAAUGUCGCGAGAAAGCCAGAAGAAGCACUACAGACUGUCCCUGAACAUCUAUAAUCAUAAAAAAAUCUUACAUUUUUGCAGUUUUUGCACAAUUAAUCUACACACAGAUUGUGUAAAUGGAUAACAAGGUGACAGGAAGGAGCACAAAAGUGGGAUCCAAAAGUCUCAAAAUGUAAAACAAAACAAAUUGACUGACUGGAUUUUUUUAAAAUGUAUUUCCAAAACUUCUUCAAAUUUAGUGGUUAAUAUGAAUUCUUUACAAAUUAUAUUAAUAUUGUAUUAAAUUAGAUUCGUAAACUUUUUUUUUUUUUUUUUUUGGCAUUUUAACUAGGCCUUUCAGACUUUUGAAUUGUACUUUAGUUUUUCAAACUAAAUUGUUAAAAUCAAGUGUUUGUACUUUGUUGCAUUAGCCUAAUGUUUUUAGUUGAAAUGGUUGUUGCAACUAAAGAACAUUUUAUUGCUGUUUUUAUCUUUUACUAGUUUAAAAUGUUUGGUUAGAAUAGGUAAAUUCCCCAUCGUGUGAAAGUGAAUGGUCUUUAUUUUAAUAUUUUUAAUUUUGUGUUCAAAGAUCUGGACAAUAGUACCCGUUUGUACAUUCAUAAAACGUUAAUCACAAGACGAUUCGGUUAGUUAACAGCACCAUGGACAGCAACCAAACAAAUAAAUCUAUAUUAGCCGUCACAAUCUCACACGAGACCCUUCUCAAGCCACUUGACUCCUCACAAUUCAUUAUUUAUUAGUACGUUCACGAGCGCCUGUCCAAAACCCCUCCGACCUAACCGAGAUUUCUAGAAUAAACAUUCAGUUUCUAAAUACUUCAGAUAUGGUGACACUGAUGCAGUUUUAGAACAAUUUUGUAACGACUGAAAUGUAGGCACUGACGGGUUAAUGUUUUUUUUUUUUUUUCGUGGCCCCCAAGACCGUGGCGAGGCUCUGCGAAAUUUCCAGUGUGCGCACGUGAAAAGAGCUCCGCUUGAAACCCACAAAUACCUGCGCGUGAUUCAAACUCAUUCGUCAUUACGACCAAGUUAUUUUUCCAGUCCAAAUGUGCAUCCGUCUCUCUUAUGGCAUUAUCGUGGCUUCGGUAUCAUUUUUAGGAUCGGUUUGGGAGGGAGGGGGCAACACUGCCCCUUUCAUAAACAACUUUGUGCAGUAAAAUGUGAAGUUAGUGGAAGACCUUGCGCACUCGGCUUGUCUUUCCCGCACCAUCUGCAGGCAUGGAUGUUAAACUGGAUCUGACUGUACUCGUUUUAAUCCUACUUGCUCUUGUUCCUUUUGGAUGUGUGCCAUCAGUCCCUCUCCAGGUAUGUGUACUUGGUAAUGGCUUUAUCAUGCAGAAUUUUACACUUAAACAUUAUUUUCUCGAUUGUUUUGUGACGUUAGUAAAAUGUGAAGUUUGUCUUGUGACGGUAUUUUGGACGACGCAAACACAUUACGUGAGAAAAGUCAAGUAUCAUUUAAUCAUUUCUGUAUCAGUGGUUUUUAGGAUUUUUAUAUCGUUUAUCUGCUUGUAGAACUUUUUUAUAUUGUGUUUGGAUGCCUUAGGAAACGGAGGGUUGUUAAAUAACAUAAUCUGUUUACAAACGUUUGUUAAUCGUAAUUUUAUUGUUAGCAACAUUUGUGUUUUCUUAUGUAGUUUUUUUUUUUUUUUUAAAUUGUGCAUUACACUGGAAUCUUACAAUGUUGUAAUAAAGAUUCCCACUAGGUCAUUAUGUGAGAAAUUCAAA